AUGGCCCGACUCGGGCCACGUAUUGCCCGACCCGGGGCUCUGUCGGCCAACAAGCUUACCAAAUCUAUUCCAGCUGGAUUGGGAAACCUCUUCGCACUAAUGUACUUGGAUAUCUCGAACAACAAUUUGACCGGCUCCAUUCCCAGCAGCAUCUCCUCGUUUGCCGAUUUUCCUUCUCUCGGUUAUCUGUAUGAGGCACCUUAUCUAUUGUCUGUGCCUCGAUACAAAGCAACUUGUUGGGGCAUUGUGUUAAGCAUGAGAGGAGUGGUAAGACCUUAA